GCCCAGAGAAGGGGGCAAAGAAGAUGACAACUCAGUCGGCCCUACUUUGACGACAUUCACAAAUAAACACUCGCUACGAGCGAAGACGAGAGGAGGAAAAGAUGUCUUAGCUGCACACCAGUUGUUCAUCCCCCUGUUUUAAGACAGUCAACCUUGUGAUUUGUUGUUUUUGUUGUUGUUGUUUUGGUUUUGUUUUGUUUUUGGUGGUCAAUUUCGAGGGAUACUUUUAUUUCCAAUUUCAACUGGUGGGAGAAAGGAUGAUGGACAUUGUGUGAGUGCAGAAACCCACAAGACUGUCACUGGAGUAUACUUUCGCCAGAUUGUCGCCCCGGAGCGGAUGUGUGUUUUGACGUGAGCUGGUCGCGAGUAUUAACUGUGGCUGACGUGUGUGUGUGUGUGUUUGUGUGUGUGUGUGUGUGUGAGAGAGGGGAGGUAGCCAACCUCGUUAAUGUGCCAUGCCAAAGAAAAACGGCGUCUCUGAAUAUGCUCUGGAGAAGAUGAACGACGAGCGGGAGGCCCUGAACGUGGGGGGAGAGAUGUCACGUGACGACAGUGAGCACAACUCGGUGACGUCAUCCGUCACCAGCCACCACCGGAAGAAGAAGCUGGAUGAUGACGAGGAUGAAGAGCCUACAAAGGAAGAAACAGUAUCUUCAAGUUGGCUCGGACAGUCACAGGAACGACAGGAUCUACUCGUUUACUAUGCCCGGAACUCCACCAUGCACGGGAUCCCUUCCAUCGUUGGAUCCAAGCUGUACAGAGGACGGCA